AUGCCUCCUUAUGAUCGCCGCCCCGCGCGGCGAAAAACACUCUACGUAAAAAAUUUUCCUCCUAGCAUGUCAGCUAGUGAAUUGGCGUACGAGUUCGAGCGCAUCGGCCCUCUCGUUCGAUGUGACAUCCCAGCUCCUAAAACGCCACAUUCCAAAGUGUACGCGUUUGUCGAGUAUGCCGACCCAUAUGAUGCGGAAGAUGCUUAUUACGAUCUGCAUGGCCUGCCCAUUGGCCGAUACAGACUCGACAUUGACUUUGCUAAGAAUGCACCCGCUCCUUCUUGGCGUUUCGGAGGUCCAACACGCCGUCGUCGCUCGCCAUCGCCUCGCAGGUACGCCCGUGAGUAUGAGGAUGAAAUGCGAUCUUCGUCCCAGGCAGCAAGACUCGAUGAACAUAUGCGUGGUGAACGCGACGCGCGCGACGAGCUUGACCAAAACAAUGAUGGUGGCCUCCGUGACGAGCAUGAACAACGUAAGGGAGAUGACGUUUACCGAGAGCAUGGAGACCAUGAAGAGUAUGACGCACGUCGCAAGUCGGAAGAGCAUCAAGAACCAAGUGAAUCUGUUGCUCCGAAUCGACCAUCGACCCCAGAACUUGCUGAUAGGAAGCCUCUCGAUCGAGAACACGUCGUGACACAAACAUAA